AGGAGAAACAGACCAGGAAAAACACAACACGGUGACAAUAUUGAAUGUUAUAAGCGCUCAUAUACUCAUGAAAACUUCUAGCCUGGAAAAGCUCUGUAUUCUACUAUAAUUUACAAAAAACAAACACAUCUGUGUGUAAACACAACACACGGGGGACAUGGUCAGGGAGAGGAGCUGAAGGUUUGAGACUCCAGACAGCUUUAAGCAGAAUAACGCGGUCACUGCAGAGGAAUAAAUGAAACAGCAUCCUCUGUUGUCCGUAAAGAGAACCUGCACCAGUAGAUUUACAAGAAUAAUUUAGGACAGGAUGGAUGGAGAGCCAGCAGGUGGCGCUAGACUCAUACAGAAGUUUAAACCACAGCUGAUACAUGCUCUGUGUGGGGAUCCUGACUUCCUGCUCCAGCACUGCCAUUCAUCCCUCUUACUGACCCAGAAAGAAUAUGACCAUGUCAAAGCCACUGCAGUGCCCUGGGAUAAAGCUCGGGACAUUCUGGACUUCAUGAUGAACAAAGACCCAAAGCGUGUCCAGAAAUUCCUGAGUAUUUUAAAGAAAAAAGAGAUACAAGAGGAAUUUCCGAAAUUAGAAUUUCUCAACCAGCUACCUCCAAGCAAAUCGAUCGCUACAGGGAAGAAGAGGAAGAAAAGCAGAGAAAAGGAACCAGAAGAAGUCAUUCCCAGAAAUCGGCCAUGCAAAGUAAAAAAAACCAGCGGGACGGUGACGGAGAAGCAGCUCAUGAUGGUGGCUCGUCAUGUCGGCGCAAACUGGAAGGAGGUGGGCAGGGUGGCGCUGGAGAUCUCUAGCAUCCGUCUGGAGCAGAUCGUAGAGGAGAACCCACGCAAUCACAGAGAGCAAGUGUUCUGCAUGCUGCAUCUCUGGAGCAUGAGAGAGAGGGAUAACGCCUCGGCCUCUCGCCUGCACGCACUCCUCACGCAGGAGGGAAUCAGGGGCAUCGACUUCCUACUGGAGGAGAGCUAGAACUAGCAUUACUGCUUUCUACUCUCAUCACACAAUGCAUUACUAUGGUGGAUGUGUGAGGAUUUUAAGCACCUGUAAAUAUAUCAUGGGAGUCUCAGAAUAACUGCACUGAAAUAUUCACAUCCUUGAUUUUUAUUGUAUUUUAUUUUAUUUGCUGUUUAGCAAUCUGCAAGGAGUUUGUUACCUGAACAAGCUAGUUGGCAUGUUCUCACAUGUGCCGCAAAAAAAUGCUGAUUUUUAUUCGAUUUGUUCAUUUUUAUCUAGUUAAACAUACAGAUAGGUUUCGAAACAAUUCAUGGUACAAGCAGCUCUCUCGCAAACAUUUGUCUGUAUGUGCAAAAACUUUUGUAUAUAAUGAAUUUUGUAUAUUCUUAUCUCUUGUAACAUUUGUACUUUUGUACUGAUUGCAUAAAAAAUAUAAAGAAAAUCUUCCUCGCACCGAGUUGUACAGAG